AGUAUGGUUGCACUGGGACAAGCAGUCAAGAAUGACGGUACAUACAUGCCAGGAGCUAAAAACAUGUUGAAAUUAAUAUACGACUGUGAACUAGAAGUUUCGGCGCUGCAGUAUGCUGGUCAAUGCCCUAAGAUUGGAUCCGAGGAGAGCUCAAGAGGUGAACAGGGAGAGAACUUUUACCAGCAAACCGAAACCGGGGUGGACUUUCUGAAAGCCGCCAAAAAGUCUAGUCGCCAGUGGUACUCAGUUGUCACUGUAUAUCCUGGCCUUGGAAAAGCCGCAAAAUAUCGUGCUAAUCACGUGGGAACUCCGAUCAUAACGUUUACUCAAAUGGUGUGGGCUGUGACAAGGAGAAUGGGUUGUUCAAUUGUACACUGUCCACCUCUCUUCACGUCUGUCUGCCGAUAUACUCCAGCAGGUAAUGUUGUUGGUGAGACAGUCUACGAUCCAGGAGAAGCCUGUGCAGCUUGUCCUUCUGGAACUACGUGCAACGCGGCUAUGGGCCUAUGUAGUUAA